AUGGUCAUGGAUCCGAGGACUGGUGACAGAACCCUCACUGUUCCACCACAUACUGGCGACACCGUCCUCCCAAACCUGCCCUUCUUCGAGAAACUGCUCCGCUAUGCGCAUCGCCGAUCGCCGCCAAUCGCAAUCAGGGACGUUAAUGCCGGAAUCGAGAGAACAUAUUUGCAGCUUCUGACCGAUGCGAUCGCCCUGCGGCGGGUGCUAAAAGGCACCCUCAAUCAGAAAACUCUGAAACAGCUCGAGAAUGAUGAAGAGGUGUUCAUUGCGCUAGUUGCGCCAGGUGGGUAUGAGUAUGCCGUUGGGUUCAUCGCAAUUCUUGCUUUGGGGGCUGCCGUGGUGCCAAUAACACCUGCUCUUCCCGUGCAAGAAGCGAAAUCGCUUGUUCAGCGCGCUCAGUGCGUUGCCGUCAUAUCCUCGAACGAUGCAACGCCCCUGGCGCAGGGCAUCAAGGAAGCCAUCAGAGCCUCAGACCCGAACAAAGCCAACCUACCACACGCGAUAGUCUCCCAUUCCCUACAACGAACCCAACUGCCAGCUUCCUCCCUUACAAUCUCGUCGAGCCCCGUCCCAAACAUGAACAACGCCGGCCUGGUCAUCUUCACCAGCGGGACAACCGGUCCACCCAAGGGUGCCGUUCAACGAAGAAGCUACAUCAGCUCCGCAGCCGAAGACGUAGCCGAUCAUUAUCGCCUGAAUGAAUCAGACACAGUCUUGCAUUUGUUGCCAGUUCACCAUGCCACUGGGAUAGGUGUGACAUUUUUACCGCUGCUUGUCGUCGGUGGGUGUAUUGAGUUCCGCAGUGGGAGCUUCGAUCCCGCUUGGACAUGGGAGCGCUUAAGGCGCAACGCAACCGCGAAUGGCUGCCAGAGGCUUACUGUCUUUUCUGGCGUACCGACGAUAUAUACGCGGCUUAUGCGAUAUUUCGAGACGCAUAUUGCCCCCUUGCCGAUCAACGAGCAAGAACACUAUAUUGCUGGGGUGCGAGAUGUAAGGGUCUUUCUCUGUGGGACUUCUGCGCUCCCGCGACCGAUCCAGGAUUUCUGGACGAGAAUGCUUGAUGGGCGGCAGAUUCUGACGAGAUACGGCGGGACCGAGUUCCACACUGUGCUCAAAGCUGAUAUCGAUGGUUCGAGUCCGGCGAAUAGCGUGGGACGGGUCUCUCCAGGCGUUGAUUUGAAACUGUCAAAUGAAGGAGAAAUACUUGUCAAGGGACCGAAUAUGUUCUCCAAGUACCUCAACGCCCCGGAAGCGACCGCAAGCGCGCACGAUGAGGAAGGUUAUUUCAGAACAGGUGAUAUUGCAUUUAAGUCAGGAGAGAACUACUUCAUCCAAGGGCGCGCUUCGCUCGAUAUUAUCAAGAGUGGGGGAUACAAGAUCUCUGCACUCGAUAUCGAGCGGGAAGUACUGGGGUUGGAGUAUGUGUCCGAAGUCAUGGUUGUUGGUGUCGAGGAUGAGGAGUUUGGGCAGCGGGUCGCCGCCGUUGUUACCCUGAAAGAUUCAAUAGAGCCUAGGGGGUUGAGAUUGCAGGAGUUGAGAAAAGACCUUAGAGGCGUGCUUGCUGGGUACAAGAUGCCAACUGUGCUGAGGAUAGUGGACGGGGAGAUACCGAAGGGUGCAACCGGCAAGGUGCAGAAGAAAGUGUUGAGGCCCAGGUAUUUCCCAGAUGGGUGGAGGAGUUGCAAAGCAGUGCAAAUUUGGGAUCCGGUCCAGGCAAAAGCAAAGUUGUAG